AGGCAACAGCAAACAAACACACAUCUUGGUCUGCUUUAGGACUGUGCAUCUGAUGCUGCUUUUUACUCAGGUCAAAAUCUCCUUUUAAUUUAUCUUUUAUAUCUGUAAUUAAAUUGUCCCCCCCAAAAAAAUGAGCUCUGAGGUUUUAGUGUCGAGGCCACACUAUGACAGCAGAGCUGUGGCUCAAGGGAUCCUGGAGAAAGAGCUCCCUGUAAAGCCGGAGGUCCCGCAGCUGUCCUCGGGUUCAGCCACCGCGGGAUACCGCUCCGCUAAAUACACUCCGGGUGAGUGGUUCUCCAACUACCACACCAUCCUCCAGCAGGCCAGUACCGACUGCAACGGAGGCCGUACCAUCCAGCGAGAGUCCAAAACUCUGUACCAGGACACCGAGGCUGAAACAUUGGACACCCAGGCGGACGGGACACGUCUUCUGGGAAACAGACUACAAGAGAUCCACUACUGGAAGUCUGAGCUGCAGGUGCACAUCGACCGGCUGCGGACCGACACCGAGUCACUGCUGGCGCUGAAGAAGAGGCUGGAGAAAGCGCUGGAUGCCACCGAGACUCCCUACGCCAUCUCCACCGAUAAUCUGAACUGCAGGGCCAGAAGGCUGGGACCAGACCUGGUGAGAGACUCUGUGGAGGAGGAGCUGUUAAAGGAAGUGGACUUGAUCAGGAGCGUCCAGGCUCUUCUGAAGAGAACUACAGCUCAGGUUGUGAGUCAGAUCAAGAUGAACAGAGAGGCCAAGCAGACGUUAGAGUUGGACUGGUCUGAUAAGUACCAAGCCUAUAACUUUGAUGAGAACAGUGGAAGAUACAGUAACCUGAGCCCAGAUACACGGCACCACCCCAGCUCAGCCGCCGUGCAGGACCAGGUGUCUAACUGCACAUCAUGGACAAAGUUUACACAGGACAACCUGUCCAAGGCCCUGCAGGAGGAACAGACCACCAACAGUCUCAGAUUGCUCGUGGAGCGAGUCCUGCAGGAGACCACCGAGGAUCUGACAGCUCAAUGCUCCAGAGUGGACCGAGCCUUCAGCCAGCGCUGUGUGGAGCUGAUUGAGGCCAAGACCCAGCUGGAGAUGAAGCUCGCACAGAUCUUGGAGCAGAUCGGGGUCCAGGAGAGGAACAUUGUUGCUCUACAGCAGGCCAUCCACAACAAAGAGGCUCCACUGAGAGUAGCUCAGUCCAGACUUUAUCUCCGCUCCCUGAGACCCAACAUGGAGCUCUGCAGAGAUCCCCCCCAGCUCAGUUUGGAAGGGGAGGUGAGGCAAAUAGAUGCCACUCUGGCAUCUCUGCACCAGCAGCUGAGUGAGGCCAGAGGCUCCCUGUCCCACCUGGAGGAGUCUCGCAUUACCCUUGAGAAGGACAUAAACUGCAAAACCCACUCAUUGUUCAUCGAGAGAGAAAAGUGCAUGACUCACCGCAAGCGUUACCCAACGAUCUCCACACUGUCUGGGUACUGAAGAUGGCGACUCCAAAUGUUUGGGUGGAUUUUGCUUUGGUUUUGCGAUUUUAAGUUCAGAAUCCUGGAUUGUUUUGUUUCUUUGUUGUGCCGUUGUGAGAAUCAAUCAGAAACCUGAAAACUCAGUAGUAAAAAAACACAUUCAACAGGAUUUCACUUCAUUAAAUAUUUAAGAACUGACAGCCAAUGACAAUGUGCUUAAGUAAUUUUUAUAUUAAUCUAUAGAAAAUCAUAGAAUUAUUUAAAAAUUUCAUAUAUAAUUGAAUUUUUUUUAAUCUCAACUAAUAAUUCUUGAAAUGUUACAAGUAGUAUCUGGACUAUUCAAAUAAAGUGUUACCAAAGUCCUGUUUCAUUA